AUGGCAGAAAGCCUAUCCUCAAUCCUAUCCUCUGCAGUGCAGAAUAUAGGUAAGUUGGUUAUUGAGGAAGCAAAGUUUCUACAAGGCGUUAGCGAGCAAGUCAGUCUCCUUCGUGACGAUCUCAAAUGGAUACAAAUGUUCUUAAGACAUGCUGAUACGAAACAGACUGCAAGGGACACUAUACAACAGUGGCUUCCGGAAUUUAGAGCGGUCGCUUAUGAAGCAAGUGAUUUGGUUGAAGACUAUGCUUUGAGGGUUUCAAUUUCAAGCAACAGAGGCUUUACACGUGCUCUAAAGAGGACUGCUUGUAUAGCCAGAGAAGGGUAUGCCAUUCAUGAUUUGGGUUUAAAGAUUCAAAGUCUGAGAACUAGGAUCUCUAAUCUCACCAAAAAUUUUGGCCGGUAUGUAAAUUUAAUUGCCAGAACGGAGGAAGGAGAGUCGAGUGCUCCAUCCAGGCAGCAACAAUUAAGGCACACUUACUCCUUUGUGGCAGACGGGGUUGUGGUUGAACUGCCUAAUGAAGUUCAGGUGCUGGUUAAAUAUUUGCUGAAUGAGGAGACAGAGCGCAAAAUAAGCGUGGCUUCGAUUUUCGGCAUGGGUGGUAUAGGCAAAACGACUCUUGCUAGAAAGGUAUAUCACUAUGAAAGAUUGAAGCAUUAUUUUAAAGGUUUUGCUUGGGUUUGUGUGUCACAACAAUGGCAACCAAACGAUCUCUUGCAAGGCAUUCUACUCAAGCUUAUUCCUAAAAACAGAAAACAGAAAGCAGAAGAGCAAACAGAUAAUGAUGAGCCACCAAGGCAGAAGCUUCAACGGCACUUGCAAGAUAAUAAAUGUUUGAUAGUCCUCGACGACGUUUGGUCAAUAGAAACUUGGGAUUGCCUAAAAGACGCAAUCCCAGUUUCAGAGCAUGGAUCCAAAAUUUUGCUCACAACUCGUAAAAGAGACGUGGCAACACAUGUUGAUCCAAAUGGUUAUCACCACCAACUGCGUUGUUUGACUGAUGAAGAAAGUUUGGAGUUGCUACGCAUGAAAUCGAAGCUGCCAUCAUUGAGGGAAGGUAGUAGUGAAGGUUGUGAAGAUUUGGGCAAGAUGGAAGAGUUAGCAAAGAAAAUGUUGAAUAACUGUAGAGGUCUUCCAUUGGCCGUGGUGGUUUUGGGUGGAAUUCUUAGAACUAAAAAAACCCUCAAGGAAUGGGAUGAAGUGCAUGAGAAUAUCAAAUCCUAUCUGGAUAAGGGAGAAAAAAUUGGAAAGGAAGAAGAGGUGCAAAAGGUUUUAGCUUACAGUUAUUAUGACCUCCCUUGGCAACUAAAACCAUGCUUCCUUUACUUGGGUAAAUUCGGGGAAGAUUCCGACAUUGGAGCAGAGAGUUUAUAUCAAAUGUGGAUAGGAGAAGGUAUGAUAUUUGAGAAUGAUAGAAGGGAGCAAGAAACGAUGAUGGAUGUUGCAGAGCGUUACUUGAAAGAAUUAGCAAUAAGAUGCACGGUUGAAAUUAAAGCAUAUGAGGAGGGGAAGCAUGCAGUAACAGAGUUGGAGUCAUGUCGGCUUCAUGAUCUUAUGAGAGAUCUAUGCUUAGCCAAGGCAAAAGAGGAGAAUUUGUAUAAGCUAGUCGAUCAAAGUCCUUCACGAGAUUCUUCUCCUACAACUGAUGCACAGUAUGGUUUAGUCCUUCGUUUGCUUCCGGAGGAUAUCUCUCAAUACAACUUUCCGCCAAAAGAACAAACUAAGCAUCUGCGCUCAUUCUUGUGUGAUUCGCUGGUAGGCGAAUGGGACUAUUCCAAUCCAGGGGUGAGAAUAAUGUCCCAAGUCAAGAAUUUGAAGAUGCUCAGAGUUUUGACAAUUUUAUCCUUCGAUUUGGCCUCCCAAAGUUGUUAUCUCAAAUCACCUCUGGGGUAUGUCGAUAAGCUUAUCCAUUUGAGAUGUUUGAGAUUGAGAGGUCACAGAAUAAACUUGCCAUAUUCCUUGGACAAUUUAAAGUUCUUGGAAACUCUUGAUUUAUCUGGUAGUGAUAAUUCUUGUAGAAUACCGAACGUCCUAUGGAAGUUGGAAUGUUUGAGAUAUCUUUAUCUUCCGGACUGGCGGUUGGGCCCUCAGCCUAAGUGGGGCCUUCUGCCUAAGCUGUGCUUGAACAAGCAGCUAGAGAUACUUGAAUCAUUCGAUAACAGAUUUUGCUAUCCUAAAGAUGUAUGCAAAUUGUCGAAUCUCAAAUCUUUCGAAGCAAAUGUGUAUAAAAAUCUCGAGGACCUGGAACACAUCAUCAAUCAUAUAUCAAACUUGGACUGCUCUCGCAUCAGCUCACUUAUAAUCAAUGACUUUGAUUUUGGCAGUAGCACUGGUUUGGAUGUUCUUUCAAGGGUGUUGUUUAGUAGGAAUAUUCAUGAAUUAGAGAUUGGUGAUAGUUUAUGCAAAAAGUUACCAGACUACCAAUCACAUGCAGUUCCUGACCCUGCAGGACUUACUCGAUUAGAGCUGUAUGAUACUAACAUUGAAGAAGACCCAAUGGAAACACUUGAGAAGCUUCCUAACCUAAGAUUACUGGUACUUGGGCCAAAUUCUUUUCUGGGCCAAGAAAUAAUCUGCCACUCAAUGGGCUUUUCCCGACUAAAACAUCUCGAGCUUUGCGAAUUGGGCAACUUAAAGCAGUGGAAAUUGGAAGAAGGGGCCAUGCCUAACCUCUCGACUUUACAGAUUAGGUUCUGUGAAAAAUUGGAAAUGAUUUCAGAUGGGCUGAGAUUUUUAACCACCCUAAACAAGGUAUCUCUAGUGGACAUGCCUGAAGAAUUCAACAAUAGAAUUAGGAUAAAGAAUGAUCAACAAGGAGAAGAUUAUGAUAAAAUAAGCCACGUGCCUUUGGUUAAAAUCUGCAGAUUGUUAUUAAUGGAAAAUUCUGAUUCAAUGAUAGCUCUUUAUCACCAUGAAAAUUGA